UAUAUCGGCUCUGGCACUUCUCGCCGGUGUAGCAGGAGCCUAUAUAUCGGCUCCCGGCACUAAAAGGGUUAAAGCUCAUAAGACCACGUGAGUGUGGAAAGAAAAUGUAUCUGUGAUUAACGCACGACACGAAUAUUAUUAGUACACGUUGACUUUUAUACACAUUGCAUAUUACAAAAGGCUGAAUAAUCAGGAAAUAAAAUUAAAUGUAUCAAUUCAAUUUGUGAGAUACGGCAAGUGUGCCACGUAUAAAUGUGUGAAAGUGUAAGAAACUCGGCAUAAAUUUUCUUCGUUCUGUUAUUAAUGCUCGAUACUUGAUUGCAAUACAAGAUGAUCGUAAAAAACUUGCUCCAAACUGUUCCACGUGUUCGACGUGUUUUACUACAGAUAAAGCAAUAUAGUAGCACAAAACAACACACGUAUGAACCAAGUUUCAUAGGAGUGAACAAUACCUUCACGAGUAAAAUCCAAUUCGUUAAUCAAGAAAACUAUGAGCCCAUUCCUAUAUAUAGGAUUCUGGAGCCCUUGGAGAAAACUAAAUUACCUGGAAAGUUAGAAGAUUCGUUCCUCCUAAAAAUGUAUCGUGAUAUGACGGCGAUAAGCGUGAUGGACAAGAUCUUGUAUGAAUCUCAGAGGCAAGGUCGCAUUUCAUUUUAUAUGACGAACACCGGCGAAGAGGCUGUGCAGAUCGGUUCCGCCAACGCUUUAACGCUGGAUGACAUGAUUUACGCUCAGUACCGCGAAGCCGGUGUGUUGUUGCAACGUGGAUACCCAUUGCUGAAGUUCAUGAACCAAUGCUACGGCAACUGCGAGGACGACGGUAAAGGCAGGCAAAUGCCGGUACACUACGGCUCGAAAGAGUUAAAUUUCGUGACCAUAUCGUCUCCAUUGACAACUCAAUUACCGCAAGCUGCUGGUGCCGCUUACGCCUUUAAAUUGGACAAAAAGAAGGCGUGCGUGGUUUGUUACUUUGGCGACGGUGCGACGAGCGAAGGCGACGCUCAUGCGGCGUUUAACUUUGCAGCCACUUUAUCGUGUCCUAUCAUUUUCUUCUGUCGGAACAAUGCGUACGCCAUCUCCACACCAGUCGAGGAGCAGUUGAAAGGGGACGGCAUAGCGGGCAAAGGUCCGGCUUAUGGAAUGAACACGAUCAGAGUGGACGGUAACGACGUGCUGGCGGUGUACUUUGCUACAAAAGCUGCCAAGGACCUAUGCGUUGAACAGCAAAAGCCAGUUUUGAUAGAAGCGAUGACUUACAGGCUCGGACAUCACAGCACGUCCGACGAUUCCACCGCCUAUCGCUCGGCCGACGAGAUCGCGAAGUGGAGUAAUCACACACCGCUCGCCAAGUUCCGUUUAUAUCUGGAAUCACGCGGACUGUGGUGUCGGGAGCGGGAGCAAGAUUUGGUGAAAUCCAUAAGGAAGCAGGUGCUCCGUGAUUUUGCGGAGGCGGAAACGAAGUCGAAACCACACUGGAGAGAACUAUUCACGGAUGUUUACAAGGAAGUUCCUAAGCAUAUCAGAAAUCAAAUGGAUUCGAUGGAAAAGCACCUGGAGGAAUUCAAGGAACACUACCCGCUAAGUUCCUUUAUACACCCGAAAUAGAGGGAUGUUUUUAACAUUUUUAUAAGAUAUAUUCAUCCGUUGCGCGGGAUGAGAGAAAUUUGUGUGUAUAUUUUCGUAUUUUUAUU